AUGAGUAGCCAAGCCGACGACCCUGUUAGUAGUGAAAUGUCACAGUUCAGUGGAUUCUCUGAGGAAAAAAGUAAAACAGUUGAGGAGAAGACAGACAAUGCUCCAAAAGAUAUAGAUGGUGGGUACGGCUGGGUCGUAGUUUUUGCAGCUUUUAUUAUUUUUUUUUCCACAUGGGGUAUGAAUACAGGGUAUGCUGUGUAUUUUGCGUACUAUGUUAAUUCAAAUCAUUUUGAUAGUAAUAUCUCCCUUUUUCAAUAUUCUGCAGUGGGUGGACUUUCGGUCGGUUUAGGUGCGUGCUUCGCACCUGUCAUUAACUACACGCAAGGAAAGCUUGGAACAAGGCAAACUAUUAUGCUUGGAGGUUUGAUUCAGUUUGCAGCUUCCAUCUUGGCAAGCUUUGCAGUGAAUUACUGGCAGCUAGCAUUGACUCAGGGUGUGCUUCAAUCUUUUGGUUUAGCCUUUGCGAGUAUACCUACAUUUACCUUAAUUCCUCAAUGGUUUGUGAAGAAAAGAGUCCUAGCUAAUGCCAUUGGUGCUACUGGAUCUUGUGUUGGAGGGGUAGUUUUUAAUUUGAGCUUGGAGAAAAUCAUUGAGGUCAGGAGCGUGAACUGGGCAUUAAGGGCUCAAGGAAUUAUCACCGUUUUUCUAAUUGCGUUAGGGGCUCUUCUAGUUAAGACAAAAACCAAGGCACACAAGAUUGAAUUUUCCAUAAUAGACUUCCAGGUAAUAAAAAACUUUGGGUUUUUAGUCUUUUGUUUCUAUUCCAUGACAGUGAUGUUUGGAUAUGUUAUUGUUCUAUAUUGCUUAAGUGAUUUCACAGUUUCAUUGGGAUAUACUCAAUCACAAGGAUCAAUUGUUUCAACUAUAUCACAAGUCGGAAUGUGCGUCGGAAGACCCUUGGCUGGUUAUCUAAGUGAUAGGUACGGAGCUUGUUUGAUAACGGCGUCAGCGUACAUAUUUGCAACUAUUUUCACGUUGGCAAUGUGGGUAAAUACCAAAAAUUAUCUGACAGCUCUAGCACUAGCCUUUCUUUUGGGCUUGUUCAUUGGUACUGUUUUCAGCACUUCUGCUCCAAUAGUUGCUAGAUUGGUCGGUUUGCCAAAAAUGAACAUAGGGUUUUCUAUGAUGUUAUUAUUUUGGGGUGUUGCAGGAAUUUUUUCACAAUUAAUUGGAACCUCGUUAACUUCAGGCCAUAGUUCCACUCAAUAUCAACAUACUGCGAUCUUUGCUGGUUGCGUAUUCUUUGCCAGCGCUAUUGCAAUAGUGAUACUAAGAGGGUAUAUAAUUGCUAGAGAUGAGUUAGCAGAACAAUUAAGAGCUGAACGAAAUAGUAAUGAUGAAGAGAAAGAGCUGUAUGUUGACAUUUUAAAUUUAAAGGUUCCAGCUUCGGGGAUUAUUAAAAAGUCAAUUGCCUGGUAUGAAAGAAGGAUAUAA